GCCGUCUUUGCAGAAUUGUUUUGCCGAUAAUACAACAACUAAGUAUCGUAAUGGACACAACUUUUGUAAACAGUGACCUUCGGAGGAGUGUAAAAGUAUUGUUUCCAAUGGUUCCUUUGCUUGUGAGCGUAGAAAAUUCCGGAAUAGGAACGAUGAAGAAGUUUCAUAUCAUUGUUGAAAAGAUGGAUUCACAAAAUCUUGUCCAAAUCCGAAUGACUGAAGAUAUAGACCAUUCCAAAAUGUAUGUAAGCACAAUUGAUAACGCGGGAUACGAAACGAUAAGAGUAGAGCAAUCGCUGCAUGUCACCUUUCAAGGAUUUAUCGAUCAUCUCAUUAAAAUCCUCGAUAACUGCAGGCGAAACGAACUUCAUCUCGCUUUGCUCGGUGAACAAGAUGGGCAAAAGCUGCAAAUAUUCGAGAAGAGUUCGUUUAAAAACUUAACUCAUUUAUUUCUUACUAUGGAAAAAGCUUCCACCGAAACUGUGCUCUACCAUAUCAAUCAAACGCUGCAAACCUUACAAGAACAAACAAACUUAUAUUCAUCUCAAGUUCAUCAAUAUAAGAAUGAAAUGAAUGCCAAAAAUAAUGCUCUUGAUAAAUUGCAGAACGAGGUACGUUACUUAAACGAAAAGAUAGUGGAACAAGAAAAUUUGAUAUUUAGUAGAAACACUGAAGAAAUGAAUCGACUGCACCAAACAAUCAAACAUUUAACAGAGAGCAAGGACUUAGAAGAGAAGCGAUAUCGGACAAUCAUCAGCGGAAUGCAAGAAAAAAUUGAUCAGAUCACAGAGCGAAUGGCCUAUGAAACGAAACGGCUAGAAACUAUUCAGGAAGAAAAUGUAUCCCUUCGUAAUCAAAACACUCAACUGAGAGAAGAAGGUGACCGUUUGAAAAGUGAUUUGUCGAAGCAAAAAAAUCGAGAUUGCAAAGUUGAAGCUUCCCUUCUAGAAUUGAAACGCCAACUAUCGGAGGUGCAAAGCAAGAUGAAAGUCGCAGAAAAGCAGCGUUCCGAAUUAGAAGCAGAGUUGGUAGCAGAGAAAAACAUUUGUCAAACAAAAAAACAUGCCCUCCAACUAACAACAGAUGAGCUAGCUAACGCAUCAUCUGUUAUCAGUAAUCUUAAUAAGGAAAACAUGAAAUUGAAAAGCAAAAUCGAUCUUCGCACAGAAAUUGCUAUACGUCAAGAAAAAAUACUAAAGGAGAAAGAAAAACAGUUGGUCGAGCUAAGCAAUACCGUAGCUGCCAUACAGCAAGAGCACAUAAGAAAUCGGACAUCUAAUGUAGAAUAUGCUCAAACAGUCAAACGCAUCAAGGAAACUGCUGAUAUAAUAGAGGAAAAGUAUCGACGAAAAAUCAACGACACGAUAUUGAAGAUUUCCGGUAAUCAACAAGCCGAAGCUGUGUCCGUUUUAGCAAUUCAAAACAACUAGGCGUAAUAAAAUGCUUAUCUUGUUACAAGAACAUAAUGGUUUAUUGUAAUUUUGA